ACUCUCGUAUUCAACGGCUCUGGGUCAACUGGUCGUGAGUUGGCUCGUGUGAGCUAAACAUUAGUGUUGUCAAAACUCGUAAUGACGAAGCUUUAUUUGACACAGUUGUCAUCUGAGAUUUUAUUCUGCAUUUAUCGACUCUAAACACCACAAACGCCUCUAUAUUCUUCAGUAAAUUUCCAUAGGAGGAGGUCAUCAUCAGCUGUCAAUUAUGUCCAUGUUUAGCACGGGCAUCCUGGUCCUUACGUCCCCACUACACGUCCUUCCUCUCCGCAUAGCACCAGUCCUCAGCUCCGCUGCGCAGGUGGUAGAGAGCACACUUUAUGUCCAUCUCCACCCAGGGCUCAACCUCAGCACAGGUGGGCAGGUGCGGCCCGUCUACAUCCCACCCAUGAUGGAUCUCUGCUCGCUGAUCUCUCGCCUUUACAGUAACGCGGCCGAUAUUUGCGGGCACCUGGACGUCCGGGUGCUGCUGACUAACAUCCGGGCCCAAUCUGGAGGGUUGGGGGCAUCCAACGGACCUUUUCCCAUCCCGCAGGUGCUCUCACACUCACCAGAAGUUGUGUUGACAGACUUCCCCAUCCAAGACCCCGGGGAGUCCUCGCUGGUCUCCCAGUGCUUGCAGCGGUACGCCGAUCACUGUUACGUCUGCACGCCAAGUCUCUCUUCCGUCCUUCUUUAUUCUGGACUAGAAGAGGUCGUGGGUGAGGAAGACAAUGACCGAGGAAGAAAGGAAACGCAGUUACAGUCCUUCACCGACGUUGUGGUGGGCGGCACUUUCGAUCGCCUUCACGGUGCCCACAAGACCCUGCUGAAUAUUUCUUGUUUGCUGGCCAGUAGACGCUUUCUCAUUGGUGUGUGCGAUCAGGAAUUGUUAAAAAAUAAGGUCUUGAAGGAACUGAUCGAGCCGUACGGUCGUCGAGUACAGAGGCUGCAGGAGUUUCUGAACGAUGUCAAACCUUCUCUGAAGUAUGAAAUCGUUCCUCUCUCCGACCCCUUCGGCCCUUCCAUAAGUGACCCAGAGCUGCAGUGCAUUGUGGUUAGCGAGGAGACGAGAAGAGGGGGAGAAGCCGUCAACAAGAAGCGUGUGGAAAAUGGUUUGGCAGAGCUGGUUCUGUAUGAAAUACAGUUACUGAAAGACGCCCAUCACACUGACAUCGAGGAGGAGAAAAUAAGUUCAUCCAGCCUGAGAACAAGACUGCUAGGCACAUUGCUCAAACCUCCAUCUCCUCGACCCGAUCUCUCUCCGGACCCUUAUGUGAUCGGUCUGACGGGUGGCAGUGGGACGGGGAAAAGUUCCAUAGCGCUCAGACUGGAGGGGCUCGGUGCUGCACGGAUCGACUGCGAUCAGCUCGGACACAAGGCUUACCUGCCGCACACAUCAGCCUACCAGCAGAUCCUUCAGGAGUUUGGCUCAGAUAUCCUUAAUGAGGAUAAGACCAUUAACAGAAGAAUACUGGGUGGAAAGGUUUUUGGGAACCAGGAGCGUCUGAAGGCUCUGACAGAUAUAGUGUGGCCGGAGAUCGCUCUGCUGGUGAAGAAAGAAAUACAGCUGGCUAAAGAGAGAGGUUUUCGGUUUUCAGAUAUGAAGGUUUGUGUGGUGGAUGCCGCUGUGUUACUCGAAGCAGGAUGGACAUAUUUGGUUCAUGAGGUUUGGGUGGCCACCAUCCCAGAAGAAGAGGCGGUGAAGCGUAUAGUCCAGCGUGAUGGCGUAAAGGAGGAAGAGGCUCUGAGAAGGUUGAAAAGUCAGUGGCCCAAUGCAAAGCUGGUUGAAGAUGCAAAUGUGGUGCUGUGCACACUGUGGGAGCCUGAUGUCACUCAGAGACAGGUGUUAAAAGCCUGGAGUCUUUUACAGCAGCGGAUUCAACAGAGAAAAGAAGAGAACAGCAGAACAUGAAUCCAUGAAACACACAGGAGACGUUCAAGAAAAACAUGACCAGAAAGUCUCAUUUUCAAAAUAGUUGAUCGUGUGAUGGGGUUUUGUACAGCUUUUAUUUCAAAAGAAUCUGAGCAUGACUGCUUUGCAGUUAAUGAAAAACCUUUCUUACAUCUCCAUAAGUAAAUUUUUCAAUGUCUGUUUAGAAACAUUCUGAUCCUGUGAACUGGUUUUGUGACUAAAGACAUUAUUUUAUAAAACGAAUAUUUAAGGUUGUAAAAACGAACCAUGUGAAAAGUUAUGCAGGAUUUAAAAUCAUUUUUACAAGAGUGAUGAAACAAAUAACAUUGCGCUCUUGGGUGCGUAUACCGGGCCCUUGACUGUGGUGAGGUGCACGAGUAUGAAUGAACAUUUCUGUCACUUCUGGUUUUCAGAUGCAGAAGUCAUAUUUUCUCUGUAUAUUUAAAAUUAAAAAUAAUAUUUUAAAAUCUA